UUCCGGUGACGUACUAUUUUGAAAGCGAGUCAAAGGUUGGGGCGUCAGGCGGAUUGCGGCGUCAAGUUUUCUGAUCAAAUCGAGACAUAAUAAUUAGCUUCGUCUUUGUAGGUAAUUAAGAAAACAAGUUGUACGAAACCGGUGAAAAGUCGUGUUAAGUUGAAAUAGUUACUUCGUGGCGUCGAAAUGGAGGCCGUUCCCAGGCUGCCGAUGAUUUGGCUGGAGCUAAAGGAAGCUGGAGUGUUUCAAUUUAGUCCUCCUGUCAGACAGUACAUUCAAAUGAACUAUGGUGAGAACCCUGAGAACUACACCGAGUCACUGAAGAGGCUGGAGCAACUUAGACAGAGUGUGGUAAACAUCCCGAGGGAUUUUGAGGGCUGCAACACUCUUCGAAAGUACUGUGGUCAGCUGCACUUUCUGCAGAGUCGUGUUCCCAUGGCAGCUGGCCAGGAGGCUGCAGUGUCCGUGACUUGGACGGACAUCUUCUCAGGGAGGAAUGUCACACAUGAUGAUAUUAACUAUGAGCAGGCUUGUGUCUUGUAUAACCUGGGUGCAUUGCACUCUCUGCUGGGAGCUGUGGAUAACCGCCUGUCUGAGGAGGGGAUGAAAGUGUCCUGUACGCAUUUCCAGUGUUCUGCUGGGGCUUUCACUUACCUCAGAGACCACUAUAAUCAUAGCUACAGCUCUGACAUGAGCGGCCAGGCACUUUCAAUCAAAAUCAGCCUCAUGCUGGCUCAGGCUCAAGAGUGUCUCUUGGAGAAAACUCUACUAGACAACAGAAAGAGUCAUUUAAUAGCAAAGAUUUGUGCUCGGGUGUGUGACUAUUAUAAGGAUUGCAUGAGGUUGCUGGAUAAUUCAGAAUGUGUGCCAGGAAGGAUUCAGAAAGAGUGGGGGAAACUCAUCAGCAUGAAGAUCAGCUACUUCAGUGCCGUCACACAUUUACACAUGGGGAAGCAGUCAGAGGAACAGCAGAAAUACGGCGAAGCUGUCGCAUACUUUCAGUACUCCAUCGACAAACUUAAUGAGGCAAUAAGGCAGAGCAAGGGUCAACCAGAACUUGUACAGGAAGCUUUGAAAUUCACCAUGGAUGUGAUUGGUGGAAAAUAUAACUCCGCUAAGAAGGACAAUGACUUCAUUUACCACGAGUCUGUGCCCGGUCUGGACACAUUGGUGGCAGUAAAAGGUGCAUCGUUGGUGAAACCCCUACCUAUGAACCUAACUGAUCAAAGUGUCACUGGCCCAGACCUCUUUUCUAAACUUGUUCCCAUGGCAACUCAUGAGGCAUCAUCCCUUUACAGUGAGGAGAAGGCAAAGUUACUCAGGGACGUUGUGGCUAAAAUCGAGGACAAAAACCAAAUCCUUGAAAAAUUUAUGGAGUCUCUAAGCAGUGACGCGGUGUAUAAAAUUGACAUGUUUAAGUCUCUGCCUGAUGUUGUAUUGGAAAAAUGUGCAUUUCUGAGUGUACGGCCAGAGACCGUUAAGAACCUCGUCCAGGCCAUGCAAGAACUAUCUAAUGUUUACACUGAUGUGGGUUCAUCUCUGGAUGAGGUCCGUAGUGCCCUUGAGGAAGAUGAGGCCGGAGAGAAGAGUUUAAUGGAGGUUGUGGGGCAGAAUGGAUUGCCGGCCAGAUCUGAAGUCUUGCAGGAGAUUCAGAAAGAGCUGAAGAAAUAUGAAGCUGCUCAUCAGACAGCCAGCCACACCAACACCGAGCUCCACAGAGCCAUGAACCAGCACAUACCAAACCUACGCCUGUUACAGGGAUCAGUUGAGGAACUCAGAAAGAGCCUGCCCCAGCCACAACUCAGUCAAGAUGAAACAUCAUCCUUGCAAAAAUAUAAGGCUAUUCUUGGCAAAGUUGAUGAAAUGCGAAAGCAAAGGAUCUCAUUGGAGAGUCAGCUCCGUGACCUUAUUCAUAAAGAUGACAUCACUGGAGUCCUGGUAACCACAGAUCGUGCUGAGAUCAAGACAUUGUUUGCGGUGCAGUUGAAGAAAUAUGAUCAGCUGAAGGGAUAUAUAGAACAGAACUUGAUUGCUCAGGAUAACAUCCUGAAAGCCCUGACGGAUGCAAAUGUGCAGUACGCUCCUGUUCGCAAGACACUCAUUCUCACAGAGCAACAAUGGAAUGGAACUGUUCAAGCCCUGACCGCCUCAUUUGAGGCAUAUGAGGAUUUGAUGAAGAAGGCGGAGGAAGGCAGAGACUUCUACCAGGAUCUGGACAAGAAGACCUCUGGCUUGUUGGACAAAACUAAGUCCUGUUGCCAAACCAGAGAGAAGGAGCGAGUUGCCUUGCUGGAAAAGGAGAUUGAAAAAAGGCCGCCUCCUAGACCUGCUGCCCGAAAACCUGUAGUCGGCCAGAAAGUUGUUGGUUCUAGAACUGGCCCUUCCAGUCUUGAAUCUGUAGGUCCUUCUGUUGCCUCUUUUGAAUAUCUCCCACAAGAACUACAAACCUUCCCUCCAAAUCUGAAUUUCCCCAGAGUUCCAGUACUUCCCAAUCCUGUUCCCCAUGGUGGAACCCAUCUUAGCUGGCCACAAGGGGAAAGCCCAUUUCCCCCAACUCGGUUUCCAAACCCCCAAUUUCCAACUACAGAUCCAAAGCAACAGUUGUCCCACAAUCUCCCACAAAAUCAGGCACCUUAUGGCCAGCCCUUUGCUCCAAUGCAAAUCCCUGGGCUGCCACCACAGAAGUUCCAGGCAAGAUCAGCUGGAUACAUCACGCAUGUCCAUCCUCAGGUUAAUCAAUCGAACACCACACAGGUGCCUUCUCAGGGGUACAAUCCAGCUCUCUGGCAGCAAGCUCAUGGUGGGCCUGCUGCUGUUACAGGAGGUUAUUCUGUGCCUCCACAAAUGGGACUGAGUCCUCAAAAUUCCAUAAGGCCUGGUUUCCCCGGACAACCACAAGUAUCUUUGCCAAACUCUUUUGGGCAGCACAUUCCAACUGUCAUGACUCAGUCUUCCUCUGUCCAACAGAACAUACAGGGAACACAGUGCCAAAGCUUUACCACCCAGCCUAGACAAAGCAUCCCCUCAACUGCACCAGUAAGUGCAUUUCCUGGGCAGAUCCUUCCCCCCUUCCCACCUGGACAGGUCCAACCUCCCAUGCCAGGCCAAACACAGUCUGGCCUCCCCUCAGGUUACUCUCCUGCAUUAGUUCCCCACACCCAACCCCAGCAUGGUCUAACAGGCCAACAGACAGUGUCUCAUCCUCAUGGAGCCCUCAUUCCAGGGCAAGCUCAAACUCGGUUCCAUCCUGAACAACUUCCACAAAACAUGCCUCAGUCUUAUAUGGGGAAUGCCGCCACAUUUUUUCCAUCUUUGCAACCUAGGAAAAUCCUUGCACCCCAACAAGUACAUCCAGGCUCUCAAAUCUUUCCACAGGCACCCUUGAGCCAAAAUUCCCAAAUUCCUUAUGGUGCUCGUCCACUUAGUCAGCCUCAAAUGCCACCAGGAGCUGGAACUCCACAAAGUAAUACGUAUUCAUUUGCACCAACACACAUGGGCCACCAACCUAUGAGACAACAGACCAUUCCACCCCAAUUCAAUACCAUGUUAAAUGGCCCUGGGGGGCAACCCAUGUACACUCCUGGUCAAAGCCAAAUACUUGGCCCUCAAAAUGUAGCUCAUCCAUCAUCUCGACUAAGAGAUGCCUCAAUGAUGGACAAUCCAGUUCCACUAUCACUUCCCAGCACCCUCAUUCCUAUACCAUCACCUGUUCAGGUUUCAUCCCAGAACCAGAUUUCCACUCCUAGCGCAGGUGUUCCAUCCACUUCCACAUCAAGUGCUGCUCCAACUGAUGACAUGACGUUCGAAUCCACUACAGUUCUGAAUCUGAUCCAGAACAAGGUGGAUAAUCUAAGCAUUGAAUCCUAAACUAAUAAAUUCUCAAAGUCAAUAAUAAAAGCAGUUUCUUGCUGUGCCCCAUACCAACAACUGUACAUAAGCCGUCAAUGAUAGUCAAGACACCACACAUCGCACAAUCAAAUAUGACGGGCAUGUCGAAAGGGGGUGUUAAAAAAUAUAUUUUUAUUUGUGUUCUUUGUAGUCGCAACACAAAACGUUGAGGGCACAAUGUCUGAACACACACUAAUACUUGCCUUUUCUACAUGUACACUACUAACACAGAAUUGCACUGUACUCUCUGAAUCGGUAAUUACAAACUAUAAUUUACCAAGUGUGCUACAAGAAAUAAAGGUAACUGCUUUUGCUCUGUGCUUCUAUGCAAUUCUAUAAUAUUAUGUCUAGGAUCACUCUUUGUAUUUUUUAUUCCUAAAUAGCACUUUAGUCUGCACUUUGAGAGUGAUGACAACGAUGAUGAUGAGGAGGAGGAGGAGGAGAUUGUGUUUUUUCGAUACUAAAACUAUUCUAGUUCUUUUUGUGAUAAAUUGUAAACACUGCUUUCUUUUAACUCUGUAUUAGACCGUAACACAACCAUAACAAUUUCAUUUUAAAAAAAGGGAAAUGCUUUUUGACUGACUUGCAUUGACCAUUAUUUUAUGUGGAGAUGUUGCUUCUGUAUAAAAUGCAAUACCGGUAUUAAACUAAUUCACUUGAAAA